AUGAGUAGAUCAUCUUAUCAGCUGAAUAAGAAAAUCACCAGCCAAUGUGCUUCAGGAGCAGAGUGUGCACUGCCGCUUGUGAUACUCCAAGUUCCUCCUAGUCAAUGUUGGUCUCGACAUGACAUCUCUACAUUACGACUUUUACAAAUUGUCCAUACUCAUGGCGAUAGAACGCCAAGUCACUUUGUACACAAUGACCCAUACUCCGAUAUGUCCCGCUUUUGGAUAGAAGGUGUCAAUCAACUGACCAGGAAAGGACGAAAUAGAAUGUUUGAAAUAGGACAGUUUCUUAAUGAAGCCUACAGUGACUUUUUGGCCAGGCGAACUGUUCCGAUAGAGCAGUUUAUGACUGUCCGCAGCUCUGGCUCGAGACGGUGUCUGGAGAGUGCCUCACUGCUGGCAACCGGUCUGCUUGGGCCACCUCGGCAAGAGCAACUGGGAAGGUGGGAGAACAUGUCCGAGUACGAGCGACUGUCCACCUACUGGCAGCCAAUUCCAGUCAAGUCCAUUUACCCGAAAGGCACCGACCCUCUGCUGGACACCAUUGCGCCCUGUCCUAAUGCCGAGGCAGAGUUUACAGAGAUGCAGUUUAAAAACGAAAAACUGCGCAGCAUCUACAAUGAAAACCGAGACUUUCUGGAGGAGGUGUCCAUGUACGCAGGCGAGCGGAUCAACAGUCUGAAGAGUGCCUAUGACCUGUACCAGGAGCUGUUCAUCGAGCGGCAGUACGACUACUACUGGUGGAAGGAGCCUUUCAAUGUUUGGAGUGAAGACUACGAAGCUUAUGCGGUCAGCAAACUGAGGGAGCUCUCUCGUCUUUACUGGUCGGUGCAGUACGACAACCGAGUACUGCAGACACUUCGAAUUGGACUACUGCUGAAGGAGCUGAACGCCAACAUUGCCAAUUACAUCAGUGGAAGGGCCACCAGGCAGAAGGUGUUUAUCUACUCGACCCAGGACACUAAAAUCGCCCUACUGCUACACGCCUUUGCCAUCUAUAACGGCUACCUUGUACCUCCCGAAAUGUGUAAUAAUUUGAUGAAGGCCUAG